GCCAGAGUCUCCACCACUAAUCCCUCACAUUUCUCCUUCUCAGGACUCGGAGCCUCACCAGGAGACUGACCACGUCAAUCUAGUUCUUUCCAUGGCGCCACAGUGUUGAAAGACCCUGUUUAAGAAGGCAGUGCGAGUAGACCCCAUUUCACAGUCUCCCAUCAAAGGAGGUGCAAAGGACUGUGACUGUUGUCAUUACAUGUAUGUGACAUGUCGGUGAGGUAAAGGUGCUUGCCGAGAUAUUUCUUUUUUAAAUUCAGAGGAUGAAUGGUAUUAAUCCAGAAACAAAAUCAUUGCAUUGAAAUGGGGGAGAUUAGUUAGCUUCAGUCAGAUGCAAGAGAAAUACAUCUUGUAAGAACUUCAGUGGGUGAAAAAGACAUAAUUAGGAGGUCAUGCAUGUUGGGAAAUAAGUUAUAUGUUAUGUCAUACGUAGAAAUUAGAAUUAGAAUAUAGUAGUCCCCCUUAUUGGCAGAGGAUGUGUUCCAAGACCCUCUCCCCCGCCCCCGGUGCCUGAAACCAUGGAUAGUACUGAACUGUAUAUACACUAUGCUUUUUCCUGUACAUACAUCCCUAUGAUAAAGUUUAAUUUAUAAGUUAGGCACAGUAACAAUAACUAAUAAUAAAACAGGACAGGUAUAACAACAUACUGGUAAUAAAAGAUAUGUGCCUGUGGUUUCUCUCAAAAUAUCGUGUACCGUACUCACCCUUCUUCUUGUGAGAUGAUAAAAUGCCUACGUGAUGGGAGGUGGGCCGAACGGUGGAGGCGCUGUGACGUAGCGUGAGGCUGCUUCGUGCUGACCUUCUAAGAACACGUCACAAAGAAGAUCAUCUACUCCCUGACCCCGGAUGAUCACAGGAGAAGAAAAAAAUAGGCCUAAAUGAAGAGAAACACCAACAAAGAAGGAGAGAGGCCUGCAGAGUCACGUGGGGGCAGAGACCAAUUGGGCCUCCGGUGCCCCCCCCCCCCCCGGCGGGGAGGAGGAGGACGGACGGACAGGGCCAGCCUACUGUCCGCCUGCCGCCCGCCGUGGCGUGAAGGAGUUCCUGUGUGCCCACGGUCACCACUGCCCCACCUGGGCUGCCGGAGCCUUCCCUCGGACCCCUGGUGCCCACUGUCCACCCUCAUCCGGCGUGAGAGCUCUCCUUCCGCUCCGCGGACGCCGCGGGCAUGGACUAUUCGUACGACGAGGACCUGGAUGAGCUGUGCCCCGUGUGCGGGGACAAGGUGUCCGGCUACCACUACGGGCUGCUCACAUGCGAGAGCUGCAAGGGCUUCUUCAAGCGCACGGUGCAGAACAACAAGCACUACACGUGCACCGAGAGCCAGAGCUGCAAGAUCGACAAGACGCAGCGCAAGCGCUGUCCCUUCUGCCGCUUCCAGAAGUGCCUGACGGUGGGGAUGCGCCUGGAAGCUGUGCGUGCUGACCGAAUGCGGGGUGGCCGGAACAAGUUCGGGCCCAUGUACAAACGAGACCGUGCCCUGAAGCAGCAGAAGAAGGCACAGAUUCGAGCCAAUGGCUUUAAGCUGGAGACAGGCCCCCCAAUGGGGGUGCCUCCCCCACCCCCUCCGCCUCCGGACUACAUGCUGUCCCCUGGCCUGCACGCACCUGAGCCCAAGGGCCUGGCCUCUGGUCCACCUGCUGGGCCACUGGGCGACUUUGGGGCUCCAGCACUGCCCAUGGCCAUGCCCAGCACCCACGGGCCGCUGGCCGGCUACCUCUAUCCCACCUUCUCUGGCCGUGCCAUCAAGUCUGAGUACCCAGAGCCCUAUGCCAGUCCCCCGCAGCCUGGGCCACCCUAUGGCUACCCAGAGCCCUUCUCCGGAGGGCCUGGUGUGCCCGAGCUCAUCCUGCAGCUGCUGCAGCUGGAGCCAGAUGAGGACCAGGUGCGGGCGCGCAUUGUGGGCUGCCUGCAGGAACCAGCCAAAGGCCGCCCUGACCAGCCUGCGCCCUUCAGCCUCCUGUGCAGGAUGGCUGACCAGACCUUCAUCUCCAUCGUGGACUGGGCACGCAGGUGCAUGGUCUUCAAGGAGCUGGAGGUGGCCGACCAGAUGACACUACUACAGAACUGCUGGAGUGAGCUGCUAGUAUUUGACCAUGUCUACCGCCAGAUCCAACACGGCAAGGAGGGCAGCAUCCUGCUGGUCACCGGGCAGGAGGUGGAGCUGACCACGGUGGCCGCCCAGGCGGGCUCCCUGCUGCACAGCCUGGUCCUGCGGGCGCAGGAGCUGGUGCUGCAGCUGCUGGCGCUGCAGCUGGACCGCCAGGAGUUCGUCUGCCUCAAAUUCCUCAUCCUCUUCAGCCUCGAUGUGAAGUUCAUGAAUAACCACAGCCUGGUGAAGGACGCUCAGGAGAAGGCCAAUGCCGCCUUGCUCGAUUACACCCUGUGUCACUACCCGCACUGCGGGGACAAGUUCCAGCAGCUGCUGCUAUGCUUGGUGGAGGUGCGCGCACUGAGCGUGCAGGCCAGGGAGUAUCUGUACCACAAGCACCUGGGCAACGAGAUGCCCCGCAACAACCUGCUCAUCGAGAUGCUGCAAGCCAAGCAGACUUGAGCCUGGGCUGGGUGGGGCCGGGCCUGGGGCCAGGCUGGGGGUCGCAGCCACCCCCAAGGCCCUCCAGAUGGUUGAGUUUAUUCUGCGACCCAGGAGCCCCACCCUGUAAGGCCCUCUGCCCCUGCGCUCUCUGAAGCCCCGUGUUUGGGAAGCUGGGUGAGGGGGGAUGGGGCCUGGCUGAGGUAGGGCGGCCCCACGGGCACCUGCCUGCCACUCAGAGGGCCCCAAGAAGGCGGCUGCUAAGCACCCCCUCCCCCUCCCCUUGCUCCCAGCUGUCUGUCCUGGAGUCUGGAAGCACAGGUCCAGGGAGGAGGUUCGGGAUUCCCUGGUGGGCCUCCACGUCCCUUGGGUCAGAAGUCAUCCCUUUCCCCUCUCCGGGGAACAGAAGCAGAGAGACGUUGAGGGGGCAUCAACUGGGGGAGAAGAGAGGGUCUCCAGAACCCCCUCCCAGAGACCAGGAGGGAAGCCCUCUGUUUUGUGAACUAGGAGUCACUGAGUUUGCAAAGUUGGUCAGGCACUGUGGGGCCUAGAGGACACUAGGGGGCGGGUUAGGACCAAGCCCUCCUCCCUAGCCCUUACACCCCAUCUGACUUGUGCAGGGGAGAACUCUGACAUGCUAUCUGAAAAGAAUUUCACUACAAUCCGCUCUCUCUAUCCCUCUCCCAUCGGAGGAGAAGUUUCUAUCUCUCUGCCACCAGGGAGCUAGAACGUUCUAGCCCCACCCACAGUUGGCCAGCCCAGGCUGGUAUGUAUCUGCAAAGGCUGUAGUCAAGAGGUUUGUGGGUUUGUGGGUUUUAUUUGUUUUUUAAUCUAGUACUCUAGAUAUCUUUGAAAGGUGUGUAUGUGGCGGGGCAGGGGAUGGAUUUGAGGAUUGAGGCUGGGACUUGGGGAUUAGCCCCAAGUACAGCCCAUGGUUUCCCUCCAAACACCCGCAUGCCAAGUACCCCAUGGGUGGUGUGGGACCAUUGUUUCAAUCCAGAGAGGAGUUGUUGCUUGCCCCUCCUUCGAUGAACAGCAGGGUGUCCUGUCGGGGCUCGGAGUCUCUGUGUGUAGGAACAUGGGUGAACUUGAGGAGGGUGUAUGGGUCUCCAGAUGGGGGACAUUGCUGAUAAGCCCUUUCCUCAUUGGCCCCGUCCCACUGGGUCCCUUGCUGCAAACCCUUGAAGCUGGGUCCCAGCUCCCUGGCCUCCUCCUGCCCUGUGUCCUGAAGGACACUCUCCAGGGCCAGGAGCUAGGGGGAGGCCUUGGCUGUCCUCUGUCCCCGGGCUGGGCAUCCACUGUCUUUCCUGCUUUCACGUUGCCAUUGCAGCUUCUGCUGAGCCUGCCCAGUUGGAGGUGACUGGGCGUCCAUUCUCCCUUGCCUUCCACCGCCCUGUCUCAGUGCCCACCCCUGCCCACUGAAAUGUGUGCCCCUGCCAAGGCCAGAGACCCGCAGCCCCAAAAUGAGAAGUGCCCUUAAGAAUCUCCCCAGCCCUUGCAGCCCUGGAAUAAAUUUUGCAAUUAGUUUCCAGCUACCUUUGCCUAUUUACAUUCUGGGGCCAAAGCAGAACCUCCAAGGUGGGUUUGGGUGGUCUAGGGCUGGGCGAUGAUGCUCUGAUAGGGAUUGACGUGACAGUCAGAUAAGCUUUGGUUCAAAACCUGGGGCCAGAGUGGGGGUACACCAGGCACCGUUGGGGAGCCUGUGGGCCCCACAUCAUCCCUGGGACCUUGCCAUACCCAGGAGGCCUGGGAGAUGCUUGUGUCUUCCUGGGCCUCAGCCGGAGUUCCACCCUGGCCGUGCAUCUCAACCGCCAUCUUGGGCAGAAGGGAGCAAUGAUUUCAUGAGCACCUACUGUGUGUGGUCCCUUAUGUCCCUGUCCCUACGGUAGCCCAGUCAGGCAGGGCUUAGGAUCCAGGAGAGGCACUUGGCAGGUGCCCCGCAGUCAGUUAUCUGCAGGGGCAGAUUCAAACCCGGGUCCUCCUGACUUGGGAGCGCCGGCCUUUCUUCUCGGUCCAUCUGGUGGCCCCGGGCCUGGCCCCUCUCCCUGAAUCUCUUGCCUCCCCCGCUGGGAGGCAGCAGUGAGCGCGGCUGCUUUCUGAGGCGAGCUGCCUCUGCUCUAGAUGUCCUCCAGGGCUUCACUGGCUUUGUCCU